CUCUCUAGAUCCAACUCGGGACUCCAGGAUUAUAUCUGGGUAUAUAUCAGCGUCCAUGUAUAGGAGGCGUUUUCUAUUCCUCAUUGCUGCGGUAUUUCUUUUUGGCUUAACAUGGUACUGGAAAAUAUCUCAGAAUCCAUUGCAGCAGAUUCUUCACAUUUGUCUAAGACCACCAGAGGAGGUAGAAGAUCUUAUAAGAAUAAAAGAGGUGGUGACUGUUCCACCCAAGACUGAACUUCAAGAAAAAAUAGAUGCAAUGUAUGACAAAAUUGAAAAAAACCUUAUCCCCAAUGUGACAUUUAAGAAUUUUAAUACAACCUCAAGUGGAAAACACAGUAAGGUUUCCCUUGUAGACUCUCAAAAGAAAUAUUGUAUCGGUGAAGACUUUGUGGUGCGGAUUGAUAUGUUCGAUCACUUGGGUAACAGGAAGACCUACGGAGGGGACUUCAUAAGACCGAGACUCUUUUCUCAAGAACUUGGAGCUGCUGCUUCGGGAAUUGUAAAAGACUUCAACAAUGGUUCCUAUCAUGUCUACUUUCCCUUGUACUGGGCUGGCAAUGUCAAAGUCCACAUCCUCUUAUUUCACCCCAGUGAGGGGGUGGCUGCCUUGUGGCGAGCCAGGCAUUCCAGUCUAGGAGUUAUAGGAUUUGAGGGCAAAUUUGAAAAAUCUGGUAAAGAUGCCGUGAGUAAAUGUGGUUUCGAAAUUGACAGAGAAGAGGGGAAGGAGAUCUGCGAGUACAAAGAUGAUCUAUACGAGGAGGCCUACUACUGCUACAAAGUUCAAGACUUCCCUUGUGAGAGUCUGAGAGACAUGAGGGGCUACGAAUUAGGUGUAUCCUAUCUUACCAAAGAGGAAAAAGAAAUGUUUCAGAGGAAUAAUAUAGCUGUAGAAAUCCCCCCUACGUUUGAUGCAGUGAGUGUUACCACAUGUGGAGAAACAAAAGAAGCCCCAAAGCCACAGUGUAAGAGCGGAAUGAACUCCCCUCUCCCGAGCGGACACUUUUACGACAACAUCUGGAAUCCUGUCUAUUGUAACAUGACUUUAUAUAAAACCGAUGACGACUUUACCAGAUGUCUUCAGGGGAAGAAGCUUUUCCUUAUCGGAGAUUCCACAUUACGCCAAUUUAUAAUGCACUUCACCGGGGGCAUCAAGAUAGCAAAAUAUUUCCGGUACCACGGAUCAGGAUGGAGUGAGUGGCACAAAGCACUAGAAGCCAUAAAUCUUGAGAAAGAUAUGUACAUCUCCUAUAAGAGGCACGGAUUCCCAUUAGAACAUCCCCCAUUCUACUACUUCAAGGAGGACAUGUACACCAGUCGCCAGAUUGACCAGCUGGCCGGGGGGAAGGACACCAUAAUUAUGAUUACAAUGGGACAACAUUUCAGACAUUUCCCAAUAAAGGUUUUCAUUAAACGGGCUUUCAACAUCCGCCGAGCAGUGGAACGUCUGUUCAUCAGAAGUCCGGACACCAAGGUGGUCAUCAAGUCCGAGAACACGAGAGAAACCUUCUCGCCGGUGGAGAUGCAAGGAGACUUACAUGGCUACCACCAGUAUCUGGUCCUACGGGAGGUUUUCCAAGGGAUUAAUGUUGGGUUUGUAGAUACAUGGGAUAUGACGGUGGCAGCGGGCUCUGUGGUCGUCCAUCCCUCGGGACACACAUUUCAAAGCAUCUUGAGUAUGGCUUUUAGUUUUGCUUGCCAAUAAUAAAAUAAAAAAGUA